AUGAGCUUAAACCAUUAUAUUGUUGGACUUCUGAUGGAUGGAGCAUCUUGUUUCCUCAUUUGUGUCCAAUAUUCUCAUGUGCGGCCCAGGAACCGUUCAUUCAGCCUGAAACCUGCCAUAAAGCGAAUCGUUUCUGCCUCCUCAGUAAAAUUUCUCAACUUUUUAAAUGUGACUUCAGCACUUUCCCACAAGAUCCAGACGCAAAAGAAAGAGCCGCUCCAUAAGUUCCAAGGGACUGGACGGUGCAACAUCUUGGCUUCUUCUUGCUGCUCACGUAAUGGGAAAAGUCACAUGACCACAAGCCUUCACGGCAUCACUACGUAUCUCUCUGCAAUACACCUUGGCGUUCUGAUCCAUAAAAGACCAGGUCUGGCGAGCUCACCUUCCAGAAAGACCCGGUGGUCAAACAGACGACUGGAGGCGUCAGAUAUGGAGAUGAUCAAGGACCACGACACGGUCACCAACACAAGCGUGGGCCCUGAUGCUCGUCUACUUCUGCCAGACUUGGCGUUAGAUGAUGAGUACAUCUACCCAGUGUUUCUGACGGGGACCUUGGUGUAUCUCCUCAUCAUGCUGUUCAACCUGCUGGUGCUGGCAAGUAUUGCCGUGUGCAAACUGCACACGCCCAUGUUCAUCCUGCUCUGCAACCUGCCUAUCAGCGACAUGUUGGGAGCCACGGCAUUUUUUCCUCAUUUACUCCUCAGGAUUGUCACCGGAGAAAGAAUAAUUUCCUUCCCCGCUUGCAUCGUCCAAAUGUUCCUGGUUCAUACUUACGGGACUGGAAACUUGGUGAUCUUGUGCUUCAUGGCGUACGACCGCUACGUUGCUAUAUGUCACCCUCUGAAAUACAACACCAUCAUCGGCCCAAACACCCUGCUGAAAAUGACUGUUGCCAUUUGGUUCUUCAUUAUACCUCCAGUCCUGCUCUUGUGUUUGAUGCAGAGGCAGUUGACAUUUUGCAGAAUCCAAAUUGUGGAUUUAUUUUGCAACAACCCAUCGAUUGUGCGCCUGUCAUGUGGAGACACUCGCCCCAUUAACUACGUUGGCAUGUCCAUGAACAUUGUGUAUCAGUCAACGGCACUGGGCAUUUUACUUGUCACCUACUUGCACAUCCUACGCACGUGCAUCAUUACCAACGUGUCUGAUGCUUGGAAAAAAGCCAUUCAAACGUGUAGCACACAUUUGGCUGUUUACUUUGUUCUGGAGAUAAGCCUUUUUCUCACGCUGCUUAGUCACAGGCUUGAGGUCGUGUCACCAAGCAUGCGGAAAGUUCUGGGAAUAUUUGUGCUGAUUUUCCCGCCUCUGUUGGACCCGCUGAUCUACGCACUUAACACCAAGCAGCUCAAAGACGCCAUUAUGAUUUUCCUGAAAAAAACUUUCAUCAGCCCAAAGUUCUAAAUGUUCAUUGCAAAAAAACAAACAAACCAAAAACCAAUAAUAAUAAUCUUGAGUUAAAGAUCAUAUGGGUGAGGAAAGAGGAGGAUUCUUAUGUUAUUGUUAUUAUUAUCCUGACAAAUCUUAAGAUGUAGAAACCCAGAUGAGGCCAAAUCAAAUAAGAAAUUAAAAACCAAAAUAAAAUAUUAAAUGGCAAUAUAUGUACAAUUUUAGUAGUAUGUCUAAAUGUAAUAAAUUAUUAUUUAUUUUAUUUAUUAUUAUUGCUUUAUCUGGGUUUUCUUCAUUUUUUUUUUAUUGUUGAUGAACAAACAUUAAUAAAUUAUUCUUCAUUCAUUUAUGUAUUUUACUGUGCUACUCUAUUUGGUGCCACGAUUAAUGUUCAAAACACUUUCUUUGAAAACAUUAGUUUGAAUAACAAUACCUAGUUGAUUUAAUGCAGAGAUUGUCGGUGCAUUUUGUUGCAUCAUGAAGACCUGCGUUUAACAGUUUAGAAAUGUGCAUUUCAAAGAGCAACAUUUCAAUAUUUGGCACGCAAACAUUUAACUUGAGUCAUAGCUGCAGGUCAAAUAUUUAAUUUUGUAUUUGCUUGUAAAUGUGAUUCUCGACAAGGUGUUCCAUGAGUUCAAAGGAUCGUUGUUUAAAAUCUGAAGAGAUUUCCAUUCUUUCUUUUUCUGUUAUUUAAUUCCUGCAGGAAGGCAUGUUAAAGUCGGAGCCUCAUGCA